AUGUACAGUAGCAAUACUCUCUCCAGCAAUGCAUCGAGUGCCCAUAGUGAUGAGAAGUGGUAUGAUGGGGACCUCACGGAAUCCGAACUCAACAGCUAUAACUAUCUGCAAGGCACCUCUGCUGACAGUGGCAUUGACACCACCUCUUAUGGCCCCAGCCACGGCAGCACAGCCUCCCUGGGGGCUGCCACAUCGUCACCUCGCUCAGGGCUAGGCAAGGAGAAAGUGCCACCCCUGUGGCACAGCUCCAGUGAAGUAAUCUCCAUGGCAGAUCGGACUUUGGAGACAGAGGGCCACGGCCUGGACCGGAAAACAGAGUCUUCCCUGAGCUUAGACAUACACAGCAAGAGCCAAGCUGGCUCGAGCCCUCUGACAAGGGAGAACAGCACCUUCAGUAUAAAUGAUGCUGCUUCCCACACAAGUACCAUGAGGUCCCGACACUCUGCCACCCCAGUGGUUUUCACCAGUGCCCGCAGUUCACCUAAAGAAGAGCUUCAUCCAGUCGCCUCCUCGCAGCUUGCACCGUCCUCCUCCUCCUCCUCCUCCUCCUCCUCCGGUCCUAGAAGAUUUUACCCUCUCCAGGACGCUACUAGCAAGUACCUAACUGGAUGGAAAAAACCUGAAGGAACCAUAAACUCUGUGGGAUUUAUGGACAUGAGAAAGCGUCACCAGAGUGAUGGCAAUGAAACAGCCCACACCAGGCUGCGUGCUUCAACCAGAGACCUAUGGGCAUCUCCUAAGCCAGCAACCUCCAAAUCCACCAUUGAAGAAAACCUAAAGAAACUGAUCGACCUUGAAAGCCCAACUCCUGAAUCACAGAAGAAUUUUAAGUUCCACGCACUCUCCUCUCCACAGUCUCCUUUCCCCAGCACCCUCACCUCGCGGCAGGCCUUGCACAGAACACUGUCGGACGAGAGCAUUUACAGUGGCCAGAGGGAGCACUUUUUCACCUCGAGGGCUUCACUUCUGGACCAAGCCUUGCCCAACGACGUCCUCUUCAGUAGCACGUACCCUUCUCUCCCCAAGUCUCUCCCGUUGAGAAGGCCUUCUUACACCUUAGGAAUGAAGUUGUUGCAUGGAGAGUUCUCGGCCUUGGACAGCUCCCUCACCGACAUCCAGGAGACCCGCAGGCAGCCUAUGCCCGACCCUGGUCUAAUGCCCCUGCCUGAUGCUGCUGCAGACUUGGAUUGGUCCAACCUGGUAGAUGCUGCCAAAGCCUAUGAGGUCCAGAGAGCCUCUUGUUUUGCUGCUAGUGAUGAAAACCAUCGCCCCUUGAGUGCUGCAUCCAACAGUGAUCAGCUGGAGGAACAGGCUCUGGCCCAGAUGAAGCCUUACAGCAGUAAAGACUCCUCUCCCACUCUGGCUUCUAAAGUGGAUCAGCUGGAAGGUAUGCUGAAGAUGCUUCCGGAAGAUCUGAAGAAGGGAAAAGAAGACAAAGCGCACCUUCAGGCGGAAGUGCAGCACCUGCGAGAGGACAACCUGAGGCUGCAGGAGGAGUCCCAGAACGCCUCGGACAAGCUGAAGAAGUUCACGGAAUGAGUCUUCAACACCAUAGACAUGAGCUAG